AGUAUAUCACUAGCACAAGUGUUAAUAUCUUAACAUAAAACACGACGUUUCAAACCUUCCGGAUUCUCCUACGUGUGAUGUAAUAUGUGGCUGCUAGAUAUCGGAUCAUUUACGAGUACAACCUUAUAUGUUGAUAUUAAUACCGUACCCAUUGCUGGUUUGUGAAAGUGUCAGACUUCGCGAAAAAUACUGAUGACAUUUGAUAUAUCAUCGCACAGCAGGAAGCCAGAAGAUAAAUACACUUUAUUACAAGAUCGACUUGGGUCAACAUUAUAAUCUAUUUGUGUUAAUUUGACUUGAAACUGUUAUCGGAGUUUAACCAUCAAACGUUCUAUAAUCUCUGAAAGCUACCGGGUUCUGCAAUGGAAACCAUAUUCCACAGAUAGAAAAACAAACAUGACAAACGAGUAACAGUGUGACUGGAAGUGAUCGUACGAUUUCCCGUGGAAGGUUAGAGCACCAGGAACGAUGUUGCAUCCUGUCGCUCAACUCCAGCAGCUUAUGCCAGGGGGAGUCCCGGCCCUGUAUUCUCCAUCCCAUCUGCAUCACCCUGCUGCAGCAGCCGCCAUUGCAUCAUUACACUCACAGAGUGCAAGCCCUCCUUCAGGGCAAACCUCAUUUUUGAUAGACGAUAUUCUUGGCAAUUCCCAGACCUGUUCUUCUACUUCUGGAGCUGGACUUCACAAACCAACACCAAUCAACCCUGCCCAUGUGUCCUCGGGGCCUGUGACUGCUUCAAGCUUGUAUAAACCUCUGCCAAUGUACGAUGCCAACACCCUUUUGUCUCAAUCCUACUUUACAACGCCAGUGACAUAUCAAAAUACUCUCAUGAAUCACAUGUACACCGUCCCGUAUGCCAGACCAGAAUACUAUCUAGACCGCCAUGCAUAUGCCAAAGGUGGACCUAAACACUUUAUGUGGAACUAUCCUUUCAUACAAAGACCUAUGCACAAGAGGAAAGGAGGACAAGUGCGAUUUUCCAACGACCAAACAUUAGAACUGGAGAAAAAAUUUGAAGCACAGAAAUAUUUGUCACCACCUGAGCGUAAAAGGCUUGCUAAAGUACUUCAAUUAACAGAACGACAGGUGAAAACGUGGUUCCAGAAUCGAAGAGCAAAAUGGCGCCGAUUAAAACAGGAAUCUCCAUCAGGGGAUAAACAGGAGGAUGGUUCCGGUGAAAACAAAGACGAGCACUCCUCGAAGGGUGAGAUUGAUGAUAUCGAUAGGUGUACUUCUGAUGAGGAAGACUUCGAUAAUGAUAUCGAGGAUUCCGACGACGAAAUAGACGUUGGUAAGGAGUGCUUAACCAAAUAGAUCCGAAACGAUCCAAGACAUUUCACAAGAAAUGAGAUAUGGUUACCAUCAUAAGUUUGGUCUGAUGUCCGGCAUGUUGAACGUGUUACAUAUAUUGGUUUCAUGUCUGAAAUGUGUAGUGUGUACAGACACGAUCAACGCACCAAACCUUUUUGUUGAACACUGAGAUAGGAUUGGAACGAGUACACAAACUAUCAUGAGGAAUUUCCCAAAUCAAAUAUCAAUGGAGGAACAAAUAUCAAAGCUACUUGCUGGCGUAUCCUUAUAGGAAACGGCUUUUGAUGAUCGGUACAUGCUAAUAUUACAUUGAGCAUAUAUUGAUUAGACAUCGGUGGUUGAUCAUUAGAAGAUUCCACUACUAAGGGAUGGUUCCAGCACGACAUUUAUUAUAUUGUCGUGAUCUUGUCAACAUAUACAUUCCAUUUAAACGUGCUAAAUAGUGAUGAGCGUUAAAGUGCUAAUUAAGCGAGUCCACUGAUUGUUCAAGGAUACAGGGAACUGAUUGAGUAUCACUUGUGUGCACAAAAUGACUAAAGCUGCAAUUUAAAAUACGUGAUUCAAUUAGAAGUAGACUUGCCGGUAUCAAUGACACUUUUAGAAUAGGAUGGACGGAGAAACGCAAUAUGUACUACUUGUUUUUUUCUCUUCGAUAUACAAGACAUUCCGUUCCGGUCACGUAUAUUGUUUCUUAUCAUUGUUUUGAUAAUCAACAGUGGCAAUACAGUGACCUUCAGAAACAAGACAGGCCAUCAAGAUGCAAUUGUCAUAACAUCAAGAACCUCAUUGGACUAGAAAUUGUCAUAAUUAUUUACAUGUAUAAUACAAUAUAUUUAUAUAAAUGUUUUAUUUAAACAUAUUCAAUUAAUGAGAAUGUCUGCUGAUGAGUGGAAAUUGAUGAAUGCAUGUAUGAGAAAUAAAAUGUUAACA